AUGAAAACUCUUUUAUCAAAUUAUAGUGGAGAGGAAAAUGGUGAAUCUUCAAUUCAAGCUGGUAUUUGGCAAAAAGUUAAAAAUGUUUUCACAACUGAAAAUGAAGAAGAACCUGAUGAUUUAUUCCCAUUUGGUCCAUCAGCAUUAAAUUUAAAACCAGAAAUUGAAAUAUUCGUCCCAUCGUUAAGUCAUGAAGGUAUAAACACUGCUUCCACCAUAUCAUAUCUCCAAUCAGAUACAUAUCUUAACCACCCCUCUACCAUAUGCAUCAUAGCGUCUCCAAGAGGGGUGGAGAUCUUAGAGGAAUGUCUUGAUAGUGUGGUUGAUGACAGUGUCAAGAAGAGGAUCUUGGAUAAAGUCGGAUACGCUGUGAGUCCUGCUACUGCUUCUCAAUUAUUAAAAUUAGGAUUUGUCAAUAUUAAAGGUGGUGAUAAUGCUGGUAAUGGUGAUAAAUUAGCCGAUUUGAUUAUUAAUGAUUUGAAACAAGACAAUGAGAAUGAUCGUUUAUGUGUGUUUUUCACCGGUGAAGUUCAUAGAGAUAUCAUACCGAGAAAGUUAACUUCAGCUGGUCUUAAAGUUGAUAAGAGAGUUAUUUACACCACGGCUGUCAGAAAGGAUAUUGUAACUACAUUUGAUCAAUUCAUAACUACGAAUCAAAUUAAUGAUGAUUGGAUUAUUUUCUUUAGUCCUCAAGGUACAGAAUAUAUCAUUGAUUAUGUUAAACUUCACCAAACUCAAUUUAAAAUCGGGGUGAUUGGUCCUACUACUGAAACAUAUUUAAUUGAUCAUGAUAUAAUCCCAACCAUAGUGGCUCCUAAACCUGAUGCGAUAUCAUUAUUCGUUUCUUCAAUAUGA